AUGAAAAAGAGGUUGUAUUUACCCAAUGUAUUACCCCCUUUGAAAACAGUGGCUAAAGGCUAUGAGUAUUACUCGACGACAUCAGCUAAUGGCAUGGUCUAUCUUCGAAAAAAGCUAGAUGAAGGUAGAGAUGCACGUGAGCAAGUCCUGUUGAAUGCUGGUUUCUUGAAAUCAUUAAAUAUGUCAAUUCGAAAAGUAUUACUAUCACCUGAUCAUACUAUAUUUGCUUACAAUGUAGAGAGAGAAGGCAUGGAGUAUGGCGAGUUACAUUUCAAGGACUUGAAUGACAGAGAGGAUUGGGAGAAUGAAAUCUUGGAGAACGUGUUUAACUUUGUAUGGGCAAGCAAUCAUGUGGUUUAUUAUACUGUUCCUAAUUCACAAUUAAGACCUUACCAAGUCUACGCUCAUAGAAUUGGAACAGAUCAGUCAGAAGAUAUAUUGAUUUUUGAAGAACCAAAUGACACAAUAUUCGUUGAUAUAACCAGUACUAAGGAUGGCAAAUAUAUAACCAUCAAUGCAAACUCUCUUUCUUCGUCUGAAGUUCGCGUAAUUGAUGCUCAACAUGACUUUUCUGAUAACAAGUUGCCUCAGGUACAAUUGAUCAGGGCUCGUGAACCAGGCCUUGAGUAUUACGUCGAUCAUCACCAUGAUAGGUUCUACGUAUUGACAAAUGCGGACAAUGCCAAAAACUUCAAAUUGGUGCAAGUAUUUGACAAUGUAAAAGAUAAAUCGCUAUGGAGCAAUUUGAUAACAAUGCAACCGACCGAAAAGAUCGAAGAUGUUGAUCUAUUUCAGAAUCAUGCUGUGAUCUAUGGUCGUCGCGAUGGUAUGCCCAUGAUCUUAUGCUAUGACCUACAAACAAAUCAAACACAUGAAGUAAACUUGCCCGAAAAAUUUUGUGUUGUUCAACCAGGGACAAAUUUGGAUUUUGACACUGAACUCUUUCGCUUUUCCGUUAUUUCGCCGUUUACUCAUGAAUCUACAUAUGAAUAUAAUAUGGUGUCAAAAAAGCUGACGCCAAUAAGAGUACAGACAAUCCAAAGUAAGCAAAGAGUACCAUUACUCUCAUUAUAUCUUAACAGCAAGAAUCGCGUUCUAGAGUUUGAUAGAUACAAGUACACAUGCAGUCAAUUGCAUGUCCAAGCCCACGAUGGGGAGAAGAUUCCUGUAACUUUGAUCAAAAGGAAAGAUAUAGAACUGAAUGGCAGGAACCCAGUCCUAAUGCGAUCCUACGGCGCGUAUGGUACCUCAACAGAUAUAGAUUUUCGUAUAGAGCACUUUCCUCUUUUAGAGCGAGGUUGGGUCAUUGCAUUGGCACAUGUAAGUAACAAAUUGACGAAAAGGGGUGGUGGUGAACUGGGCAAGGCUUGGUAUGAGAAUGGCAAAUUGAGCAAAAAGAUGAAUAGCUUUAAAGAUUUUAUAUCUGUUGCAGAACAUCUGAUUGAUAUGAAACUAACUUCAUCUGAGCGACUUGCUGCUAUGGGCACAAGUGCAGGAGGACUGUUGGUUGGUGCAAUGCUUCAUAUGCGGCCAGAUCUUUUCAAAGCUCUUCUUCUGAGGGUCCCUUUUCUUGAUCCUCUAUCUGCUAUGCUCAAUCCAGACUUACCCUUAACUCAGAUAGAGUAUUCUGAAUGGGGCAACCCUACAGACGAUCCUGACGCAUAUAAACUCAUAGCCUCAUACUCACCCUAUGAAAAUAUAUCAAAUGAGCUUUUCGACAACAACAAGUCUCUGCCAUCCUUAUUUAUCACAGGAGGGAUGAAGGAUCAAAGAGUUGCUUACUGGCAGCCGCUUAAAUUUGUUGCCAGACUACGCCAUUUUACACCACCUACUUACAAUAAGAGCACCACUCUUCUUAAAUUAGACUUGGAUAGUGGGCAUUUUGGAGGAGGAAGCUCAGAACAGGAGACAAGGCUAUCUGAAGUUGCAGAGCAGAUUGCUUUUCUUAUUUCAGAAGUUCAAAAGUAA